AUGGAUCCCAAAUCCCCAAGGGUCCCUCAUCCCCCAGGAACCCCCACCCGCCUGGGCUUCCCUUUCUCUGAGCAUCCCCCGGGAUCUCCCCUCUCCCAGCGACCCCUCGACCCCUCAAAAUCCCCCUUCUCGGAGCUCCGGGAUCCCCCCCGCGUGUCCUCGGGAGUCCCCACCGCGUCCCUGCCCGUGCACCGCCGGGACGGAUGGCACCGAGUACACCGAGUGGCACCGGGGUGGCACCGGAGUGGCACCGGGGUGGCACCGGGGUGCCCUCGAUGUCCCCGCGCCCCCCGAGCAGCAGCAGCCCCGGCCCGGCUCCACCUUUCCCGGCGCGGCCGCGGCGCUGUGCCCGCUGCCGGCGGCUCCGGGGCGUUUAUCUCGCCCGGGAUCAGCCAAUAUUUGCGGCCACGUCAGGAGAUCGAGCCCAUGCUCGCCCCGUGCUCCCUCCCAGUCCCGCUCCGCUCCGCUCCGCUCCCCGCCGCCGCCGCCUCUCCGGUUCUGUUGCCACGCUGUCACCUCCGGCCACCGGCGAUGUCGCUCACCGCGGUUUUCCUCCUCCUGAGCCUCCUGGGGAUGGCUGUCGCCCAGGAGCAGCUGUGCCCGGCCUGCGGGGUGGCCGCGCUGGCCCCCGGCGCUCGGCGGGACGCGCUGCUGGCUCUGGCCAAGCAGAGCAUCCUGGCCAAGCUCCGCUUACCGGGCAGGCCGGGCGUGCCGCGGCCGCCGGACCGGGGCUCGCUGCUGACGGCGCUGCGCAGGAUGCGGGCACAGCGCCCGGACGGGACCGGCACCCCCGGGAUGCUCCGGGAUGGAGCCGGUACCCCCGGGAUGCUCUGGGAUGGAGCCGGUACCCCCGGGAUGCUCCGGGAUGGAGCCGGUACCCCCGGGAUGCUCCGGGACGGCCGCGGGACGGGGCUGCAGGAGUACGAGCUGCUGAGUUUCGCGGAGCCAGGACCCUCCGCUUCCCGCAGCGUCCGGCUGCAUUUCCGCUUCUCCCAGGAGGUGGCCGGCAGCACUGAGAUCCAGCAGGCCACUCUGUACCUGUUCUGGGCACCCCCUGGGCUCGGGGCACAGCCUGUCACCGUCAGGCUCCUGCAGCCACACCCGGCAGGGCCAAACCUGACGGUGACCCGCGAGACGCGGCUGCAGGUGCAGAAACGCGGCUGGACCACGCUGGACGUGGGAGCAGCACUCCAGAACCUCUUCACACAGGACACCCCACGGCUCACAGUGGAGCUGGAGGUGCCGGAGGCCUGGGGGUCCCCUCUGCCGUCCCACCGCGGCGAUUCCCACUGGCCGUUCGUGGUGGCCCGAGCCCAGGCCAGGACACGCCACCGCGUCCGGCGGCGCGGCGUCGAGUGCGGCGCGGAGUCGCGCACGUGCUGCCGCCGGGAAUUCUUCGUGGACUUCAAGGAGAUCGGCUGGGAGGAUUGGAUCAUCCAGCCCGAGGGCUACCACAUGAAUUACUGCUCGGGGCUGUGCCCGCUGCACAUGGCCGGCAUCCCCGGCCUCGCCGCCUCCUUCCACACCGCCGUGCUCAACCGCGUCAGGGCGGCGAGCGCGGCGGCCGCCGUGGAUUCCUGCUGCGUUCCCACCCAGCGCCGGCCCCUCUCCCUGCUCUACUACGAUCGCGACAGCAACAUCGUCAAGACCGACAUCCCCGACAUGAUCGUGGAUUCCUGCGGCUGCACCUGAGCGCGGCCGGGGCGGGUGGGAGGGCAGGACGCGGCGGGACGGGGCUCCCUCUUCCCGGCUGGGAGGGAGGAGCUCUGCCCGGGGGGGUUCUCCUCCCGCGGGUGAAGCGUCAAGGGUGAUGCUGAAUGUGUGAAUCCCCUCCUCUUUCACCUCCCGCACGGAUCUGCCCACGGGUUCCUCUCAGAGCCCCUCAGAUCGGCUCUUGAUGGAGUCCUGAUGGACUGAUGGACAGAUGGACUGAUGGAUCCUGCAGGGCCCACAUCAGGGACAGUCCCUCUGCCAUCCUGGGGUGCCCUGGGCGCUGCUACAUCAGCCCAGGACCCGCCAGUGGCCACCCUGGGCUGCUGGGGCUGGCGAGGACAGGGGUCACCCCCAUGGCCCCACCUGGGGGGACACGCGGCUGAGGAGGGAGAGGAGAGGGAAAUCAACCCCGGUGGGAGGAAUGUCUCCCUCUCCAAGAAUCCCAGCUUGGUGGUCAAUAAAGAC